CAAUAUCUUGAUCAUUAUGAAAAAGCUCGAUUAGAAUUAAUUAAUAAAGGAUUUUUAAAACAAAAUAUAUUUGCAACAGUAGCACAUGUUACAUUAGCAGAAAAAACAAAAACAAAUGAAAAUGAUACAGAUACACUUAAAGAUAAAAUUAUUCAAUUUGAUUAUUUAUUAGAUGGUUUUCGAUCAGCUACAAAUGCUAUAAAUCAAUAUAUUAGUAUUGAAUUACCUAAAACACAUUUAGAUCAAGCAGUUGAUAUUGCACAACAACGUAUUAUACGAUAUAUUCAAGAUGCCAUACAAAUUGGUCAAAAAAAAAUUCCAUAUAAUAUUACCGAUAGUGUUGGAUUACACAAUUAUAUUGAACAACAAAAUAGUAUUCGUUGGGGUGAUAUAUUUAAAACUGAACGAUUUAAACCAACAUUAAAAAACGCAGCUAAAUGGCAACAUGAAGAAUUAGCAGAAAAACGUUUUGAAUGCACUAGUAAAAUAAUAAAAUAUUUUAGUGAUGAAUUUGAAUUGUACACAAACGACAUGGUUAAUGAAGAACAUUUAAUUAAAGACCAAAUGUUUAAAGAACAUGAUUUUGUUGUAUUACAAAUGAAUCGUCGUCGAGUAGAAGAUCGUGAACGUGAAUCUGUUUCAUCGAUGAUGAUGAAAGCUGUUGAUGAUACAUGUUCAUUAUUAGCAAAAUUUUUAUAUGAAACAUAUGUAUGUGAAUUGGAGAAAAGACUCAAUGAAAUAUGUACUGAACAGAAAGAUAUAUUUCGUACAACAUUAAAACAAGAAGAAUGUACAAUUGAAACACGUGCAUUAAUUCGACGAAUAGCUCGACCAAUGAUUAAUGCUACAAUUCGUUGGCCACAUGAUUUUGAAGACUGUCGAAUUGACGCUGCAAAAGAAUUAGCACGUAUAGCACCGUUAUUAGCAUUUAAAGUAUGCGAUAACGAAACACAAGCAAGCAAAACAGAUUCAACACCAAUUCUAGCCAAAUGGCUGUGCGCUUCCUUUCAAUUUUGUCCGAUUAAUACACCAGUUACAGCUGAUGUAGUACCUGAACCAAUUAAGAGUAUUCUUAAAAUAUUAAAUUAA